CCUCUAUGAAACGUCAUAUCGCUGCUGCAAAGGAUAGCAUUUUACAAGUGACGGAAUUCUUUAAAAGCAUCAACCCAUGUAUUAAACUUAGAAUUGGUUUUUAUGGCUAUCGUGACCAUUGUGACGGUAGCUCUCGAUUACAAAAAUUUAAUUUUACAAGCUCGUGUGAGGAAUUCAGAGCAAAUUUGACUACCGUAAAAGCUACGGGUGGUGGUGAUGAGCCCGAAGACGUUCUUGGAGGUCUUAAUGCUGCUAUAACUGAAAUGGAAUGGGGUGAUGGUACUAAAGUUCUUUUCCACAUUGGUGAUUGUCCACCACACGGUAGACGUUUUACCACUCUGAAAGAUACUUAUCCAGAUGGUGAUCCAAAUGGGUUAACAGCAGAGUGUGUAUUAGAAAAAAUGCAAUCAAAAAACAUCUUUUAUGUGUUUGGAAAAAUUACGAAAAAGACUGAUACCAUGAUUGAAGUAUUUAGUAGUAUUAUUGGUGAAUUUCAAAUCUUUGAACUUGUUGGCGAUGAUCCACUUGAAUUGAUUAAUAAAUUUGUCGCUGCAACUACAAAAUCUGUUAAUAUGUCUGUUAAUAUGUUUAUUACGUUAACUCCCUUUAGUAAGGGCGACUAUAAUGCACGUUUUCCGCGGGAAGGACGUGAUAUUAACCCAAAUGUACCUGACUGGGAGCGUUUAUUACCUCGAAAAGGAAUAAUGUUAUGCUAUUAUCUCCCUAAAAAUAUUGAGGAACUUAAAAAUACAUUAUACUUUGAGAAAGAAAAUCUCAUUGCUAAAUACUUUGAUUUCAAGAUUGCACAGGAGCCAUUUGCCGAAGGUGAAGAAAGAUAUGGCUAUUUCGCUAUUAAUACUAAAUGCAAUCCACCCAGGCGAGUAGUAAUGAAAGAGUUUUUGAGUGAAAGAGAAGAUACAUUUGAAAAAUAUCUUGAAUCUAUAGAGAUCUCUGCUAUAACUACUUAUCUUAGUAUAAAAUUCAAUUCAGCUGCAGGAAGGAAAAACAUUCCACUCGUAAAUUUUGUUAGAGUACAUCUUGUGCGUGCUACAAUGAGUAGCAGGACGGUUUAUUAUUCCGUGGAGCCAGAAUUACAAGGUGCAGAGUUUAGAAGGUUCAAUUCAAAUAGUGGAUUUAUUACAGAGUAUCGUCCUGUUCUUGAGGCAUUCAGUCAUUUUACAUAUCAACACACAGAUGGAUUUUUGGUCGUUUGUGAUCUUCAAGGAAUUGAACUUUCAGAAGUUGAACAUCAUGCCAGUCGGUUCUUAUUGACUGAUCCAGCAAUACAUUGCGUUGACCCUUUAAGGUUCGGUAAAACAAAUUUAGGCAAGGAUGGAAUUAAAAGGUGUUUUUUGGCUAACCAUCGGUGUAAUGAUAUUUGCAAUAAGUUACACCUAAGAAGAAUUGAUAAUGCGUAA